GGCCCUGAAAAGAGGCUGCCGCUGUGUGGAGGUGGACUGUUGGGACGGCGGUGACGGGGAGCCUGUCGUGUAUCACGGCCACACCUUUACCUCAAAAAUCCUCUUCAGAGAYGUUAUUUCAACACUCAGAGACUACGCCUUCAAGGUAUCAGACUUCCCMGUCAUCGUGUCUCUAGAGAAUCACUGUGGUGUGGAGCAGCAGACGGUCAUGGCCAACCAUCUGAAGCAGAUCCUGGGUGACAUGCUGCUGACGGCUCCACUGGACGGCCAGAUCCCUCAACAGCUCCCAUCGCCUCAGGAGCUGAGGGGGAAGAUUCUGCUAAAAGCCAAGAAAAUUGGUGGACUAGAGGAGAGUCUUGAUGAAAGCCUGGUGGAUGACGUCAGUGACGAGGAAGAGGCGGCCAACGGUGACCCAGAGAGCCCAAAUACAGAAGAUCCACCAGCUGAAAAGAUCGACGAGCAACAGUCCAAAGUGUCCAGAGAGUUGUCCGACUUGGUCGUUUACUGUAAGAGCGUGCACUUCCAUGGCUUUGAGCACGCUCGAUCCAACUCUAAAUGCUACGAGAUGUCUUCGUUCUCUGAAUCCAAAGUAAAGAAGCUCGCCAAAGAUGCAGGGUCAGAGUUCAUACAGCACAACGCCCGGCAGCUGAGCAGAACCUACCCCAGUGGUCUGAGGACAGACUCCUCCAACUACAACCCACAGGACAUGUGGAACGUGGGCUGCCAGAUCGUGGCUCUGAACUUCCAGACGGCCGGUCUGGAAAUGGAUCUGAACGACGGCCUCUUCAGGCAGAACGGCUGCUGUGGUUUCGUCCUCAAACCCGACUUCCUGAGGGACGCCUACAGUCAGUUCAGCCCAGAAAACCCAGAGRAGCGACGAGGCUACGACCCACUGCGCUUAUCUAUACAGGUGAUUAGCGGGCAACAGCUGCCAAAGGUGAAUCAGAAAGAACGAUCGAUUGCAGACCCGCUGGUCAGAGUGGAAAUCUAUGGAGUACCACGGGACCAGGCCAGGAAAGAGACCGGCUACAUCGUCAACAACGGUUUUAACCCAGUCUGGAAUGAAACCCUGAACUUCRUGGUCCACACGCCCGAGCUGGCGCUGGUUCGCUUCGUGGUGGAAGACUACGACAAGGCAUCGAAAAACGACUUCCUGGGACAGUUCACGCUCCCCUUCACGUGCAUCCAAGCAGGGUACCGUCACAUCCACCUGCUGUCUAAAGAUGGAAUGCCCAUCCCUCCCUCCUCACUCUUCGUUAACAUCAGUUUUUCAAAGUUCACAUGAAGAGGUCCAGACGAGGACACAGAGACAAGUCCGGUGUCUCUAAAAAAACCAAAGACUGUAAACAGCAUGAGUCAAAACAAUGGUUUUUAACCCCUGCCAAACCAAAGUACCAAACCGUUGUCAGUGUUUUACAUUAGCAAGAUCAUAUUUUAUCCCUUUCUAACGGGAAGAGCUAAAAUAUAAAUAACAUAUUUAACAACUGAAUUUAUAAUUAUUGGUUUAGUCAUCAGAACAUCAGGACAGAACAUGAAAAUAAAAUAUUGAGAUUGAUUCUGGGAUCUGACUGGACCUUUUGCAGCACUAUAUGUUUGGGAGCAUCAUCCUGUUGGAUCCAGUUUGGUCCAAUGAUGCUUUGGUCUACGGAGGACUUCACGGUCCACUCAGUGACUACAAACCAUCAAUCCUCCACCACCGUGCUGACAGCUGGGAUAACGUGAGAAAACAUGAAGAACUCCUGCAUGUGGUUCAAACAUACUUUAAAAAACACAAAAGGUUUAUGGUUCAUAAUUAUAAACAAUAUUAUGAAGAAGUAGUCCUAUGAAUAAAAUAAAAAGCUUUGCAUUGUUGGUUAAUCUA